AUGCUUGAGGUGACUACAUUUCAUAAUGAACAUACAUGUGCCAUUGAUCUUCGAGGAAAAGAUAACCGUCAAGCAUCACCUUUGAUAGUUGCCCAUCAAAUUAAGGAUAAGUUUGCAACUGACGACUCGAAUCAUUUGGCCUCUGAUAUAAGGAAAGAUAUGCACAAGGAUUACGGGAUCCAAAUGAGUUAUGAAAGGGCUUGGAGGUGCAAAAAGAAGGCACUACACCUAACUCGAGUGGCACUAGAUGCAGGGAGCCAUAUCUUUUCGAUAGCAUUUGUUAUAGUUGACAGUGAAAACCACAAUUCUUGGACCUAUUUUAUGAGAAAAUUGAAAGAAACGAUUGGUGAUGUUGAGAACUUAGCCUUUGUUUCAGAUAGGCAUCAAAGCAUUGUUCGUGCUUUGAAGAUCGUGUUCUUUGAUGCACACCACGGUGCAUGCUACCACCACAUUAUUAUGAACGUCAACCAGAAGUUCAAGACUGACGUCUUCACGAAUCACAUUUACACGUGUACCCACACGUAUUCAAAAUCAGAGUUUCACAGAGAAUUUGAGAACAUUCGGGCAAUGAAUGUUGCGGUUGCACAAUAUCUUGAGGAAAUUGGAUUUCAAAAAUGGGUUCGGUUGUACUUUUCAGGGGUACGUUACAAUGUAAUGAUGAGCAACCGGGCUGAAAGCUUCAACAACACAACUAAGGACGCAAGAGGCAACCUGAUCACUGCUGUUGUAGCAUUCCUGAGGUCCAAAGUUCACCCUGGACGAAAAGUUGAGACCGGUGGCGUAGUGGACUUGCAAGAACAGACUUGCACUUGUGGCUUGUUCCAGUGCAUGAAGUUUCCUUGUCCUCAUGCAUGUGCUGCAGCUGAGCAAAGAAGUAUUGGCGUUUACGCACCAUGCCCGCCAUAUUACACAACAGAAUAUUGGAGGAGCACAUAUGAAGGUACAAUUAUGCCAGUUGGUGACGAGGAUGAUUGGGAAGUGCCUGAUGAUAUAAAGAACAUGACAGUUUGA